AUGGGACCUCAAACUUCCCUUCUCGUUCUCAAUAUAAUCCUCUUGUCUUUCUACUCCAUCGUAGCAAAGCCAAACCAUAAUCUGAUCCAACAAACCUGCAAGAACAUCUCAGAAACUGAUUCCAAUGUAAGCUACAAAUUCUGCAUAAAUUCUCUCCAAUCAGAUCCUCGAAGCCACGGCGCCAAAAGCCUCGAAAAACUCGGCCUCGCAUCGAUCAAGCUAGUGAGGCACAACGUGACAGAUACUAGAGCUCAAAUCAAAGAGAUUCUCAAGAAGAACAAGAACAAGUUGGAUCCAUUUGCCAAAGAGUGCUUAGAUGAUUGUCUUCAAGUUUAUUCUGAUGCCAUCGCAACUAUUAAAGAAGCCCUUAAAGAUUACAAGGCUAAGCGUUAUGCUGAUUCUAAUGUGAAGCUAAGUUCUGUUAUUGAUGCCUCUACGACGUGCGAAGAUGGAUUCAAUCAAAGAAACGGUGUCGUUUCGCCGUUAACGAAACGAAACAAGGACACUUUUCUUCUUUCUGCUAUAUCGCUUUCGAUUAUUAACAUGCUCAAUAAGGACAAUUUGAAGGACGCUGAACUCUGAUUUUUCUCUCUUUAA